AUGACAGACACCGAGGUGUCAAAGCGAUCACUCGAAGCCGAUGGCGAUGAAAAUGGUGGUUCCAAGCGGCGUUUGGUGGAUGAUUCUUCAAGUGUUGAACUUGUCGAAACCCUUUUGGGAAAGUCUCGCGUCACAGAUGAAGAGUUCAAGGUUGUAUUAUCGCACGCAACUCCAGAGCAGCGUUUAAGGUUCAUCCAGCGUCAGAUCGGCCACUACCUGUCCAAUGAGAACCUGAGUCGUGACAACUUUUACCAUCAGAAGUUCAACGAAGACAGCUCCAGAGCAGGUGUUGAGAAUGUGCUGGAGCUGAAGUACAUCUUGAGCGCCAAGAGGAUGCUGGACAUAAAGGCCAGUGCCGAAGAUGUGAAGUCAGCACUGGACGCAAACCCGCUACCCGGCAUCAGCUUGGAAGAGAUUUCCGGCACACUGUACGUGCGCAAAAACGACGGACUGCCUCGUUUCGAGGGUAGAAAGCUGUUCGAGAAGAAAAAGAAGUUCGGUGAGACGCACGACACGUAUCAUGCGGCUGGGCCAAUCUUGUUUAUUUCCAACAUUCCCGAGAAAAUUCGUGAAUGGACCCCAGUGAAAGAAGCUCUCCAGAAGGACAAGCAGGUGCGAAUUCGCUUCAUUUCCCCUGUUUCCGACAGUGGAACAUGUUUCGCCUGGGUGAACAAAUCGCCGGAGGUCAUGACCGCUGUGAAGGAGCUUUCACCGGAAUUGGAAGGUGCAGCAUUACAGGUUGAACUGGUUGAGAGUGAAGAAAAGUACAAGGAGUUUAUUUCUACCCUUAAGCCCAGCAUUUUGAGCUCCCGCAACAAGGAACUGCAGCGCAUACACUCCGAGAUCAUGUCGUCUCCUUUGGAGAUAAACGGUUUGAUAAUCAGGAACUUCGGGUCCAUUCGCCCCCUGCUGAAUGGCGUCCUCGAGUCUUGUGACCACGGUACUGCGAUAGCUGUGGACUCUCAGGCCGGAGUGAUGUUGAAAUUCGUGCUGGACUUCCACCCAAGGGCGUACGAAAAGCUGUGUAAGAACCACCGCACGCUGGUUGGCUUCGAGAUAGCCGUGGGUGCGUUCAAAGAAGGCUCCAAAAAGAAGUGCUUCCUGGUCAUAACUAAGGACAACAACAGCGGAAAAGAGUACAAAGAGGACUUUUCCAUCAGCAAGUGUCUGGAGUGUCUCCGGGUGAUGGCCCAUACGAUUCCGAAGACGGACAAGCGCGAGUUCAUCAAAUCGUUGUCGGUCACAAGUCCGUGA